UGAUAUAUGCAGCGAGACGAUGAAAACAGGAAAAGCAGUCAAUUUUUGCCCAGAAGAUGUAGAGUCUAUGCGGCUAAGAUCAAAGGAAAAAAUGUGUGAAGAUAUGCAUGAUUCUUGUACCGAAGACCCGUUGGUGUAUCAUUGUGUGCGGUUUGGAAAUAGACUCAUCGAAGUGUGUGCUCCAAGGAAUUUUAUCACAGGAAACUGUUGUGUACAGUUCAACGAGGGAGUGGGUCGUAUUGUAGAGGAUUAUAACGUACCUUGUUCAGAGUGUCCUUUUCAUUACUAUUCGAAUGAAUCAUUAACAUAUCAAACCUGUUUUCAAUCAAUUAAAUCAAUGGCUAUUCUCGAGAAUUCUAUCGAAUCAACAUUUGUGGUAACUUCCAAAUCUUUAACAACUGCUGAACCCUCACCCAGAUCUAUGUCUUCAUCUCCAUCACGUAAUAGAACAAAAUGCAGGUCUGCAUCAGGACGCCAUAAACGCCAACCCAAUAAAAAUUGUAAAGUUUCAACAACUAAUGCAUAUGCUAUUCAAUCGAAUAAAACAACCAAAGCUAGCAAUAACAAUACAAGGCCUAUGGGUGAUGCAGAUUUUACCAUCAUGAUGGUUUUAGUUGUUGUGGCGGUGUUGAUUAUUAUUGGAAUCGGUACAGUGUUGCUAAAUUUUAAAGGUAUUCCUAAACAUAAAUUGUUUUUGAAGAAUUAUAAAACAGAUCAACCCAAGUCUGAAAGAAGCAGAGAGAGUCCCAGACGUAAAGACAACUAUUACAUACCAGCAAGGAACGACGAACCAGAGUAAAGUCCAACUUAAAAAGUUCUGCAAUUUAAAAAUAAUAUGUAAAAAUAAUGUGGUGGAUGUAGAAUCUGGAAUUGUUGAUAUCAUGGGACGUCUUUUAACAUCCAAUGCUGCAAAAAGCCAAAAGCUUGGAACCCCAAGUUUUAUUUUUAAUUUCAUUUUUACAACCCAUAAUGAAGCAAUAAUUAUAUUUAUAAGGUUUUUUUUUACUUUAAAACAUGUACAUUAUACAUAAAAGUACAAGGGACAAAUAUUUUUUUAUUAAUAUCUGUUUCUUAUCAACACCUAAUAUAGACUUUGCUAUCGACAUUUAGUCUUAACAAGCGUGAUUCCUAUAGCAUUGUUUUCUUACUCUUCGUGUUAACAAGGUAUUAUUAUACAGUUAUGGACUUCAGUGUAGGUCGAUAUUUGGUUAUAAGGACUCCUGGCAAUUGAUAUUGACCAAAGACACAGAGGUUGAUAGCGACCGAGCCUGUGAGGUCCCUAUGAUUUUCUGUGUCUGAGGUCAAUAUGAAUUGCCAGAGUCCUUAUAACCACAUAUUGACCGUUCACUGAAGACCAUAAAAGUUAUAUUAUAUAAUCUCUCAAAGUUAAUAAACUAACACAGCACUUACACGUACUAAACAGACUUGGCUUGGCUGUAAUUACGUUACAGUGUUAAAAACACGCUUCUCAUACUAUGUCGCCACAUUUAACGUAACUUCAGUGCAACCGAACCCUGUGUCGUGCGUUAUCAUUUUCCGCCCAGGCACUUUCGCAUCGUUAUCACAAAAGGAGGAAUAUCAUGUGACGUCCCUUCAGCCGAUGAAAAUAACGAAAAUAAUCUUCUUAUAAAUAUAUACUUGUCAAAAUUUCUAAGUCCCCACUUUUAGGUUUUCCAAAAGUUCAAAACCUUAAUUUCAAUGUAUUAGUUACUUAGGAUUUUGCCUUUAAUUUGCAAUACUCACCUGUCAAUGCCAAAAAAAAUUUAAUCGAAUGUGAAAUAACUCGACCGUGACCGUUUUUGUUAAAAAGCAUGAAGUUCGAGUUCCAUAUGUUUUUUUAGGGUGUAUUCUUCAUAUUUAUUACUUCCAUGUGUUCUCCAUCUUUAAUUGAUAACGAAAAACAGAAAAAAAGUUUGAUUAAAAUGCGGUGUUUGUCCACACAUCAAUGUAAAAGUAAAGUUGAAAUGACCAAAGCUGGUCGUAGUUAACGAGAGUUCUGUUUCCUUUCACUGUAUGACUUUAUUUUACUUAAAACCUUUAUAAUUAUCGCCCCAAAAACCUACAAAACAUACCUGAAUUCCUUCUAAUCAUUAGAAAUCGCUAGUUUUCAACAAACACAACAAAAUCAUCCUAGAGUUUUACCCGGAAAAAUAAAUGGAACAGGAACCGGAAUUGCCCUCCCCUCAAUGUCAAACUGGAGGAGUGGGGUACACAUGUAAUAAGACAUUAUUAACUUUUGUUAGCAUGGCACAGGCACUUUCGGCAAGCCCCCUUGUCAUCCUAAUCUCAGCCCUAAUUAACAUGCAUGGAAGAAGAUAAACCGGAGUUUGAGACAGCUUUUCCAGCAGCAGAAUCUAGUGGAACUAGAGGACGACCUUGUCUCCUCUUAGAUAAGCAUUCAAUAAUUUUUUUUUCUUAAAUAGUGUGAACUCUUUGAGGAACGGUUGUCUUGCUUUGAAUUCGUUUGAAUGGAGGAUAAUGCAGCAUUUAAUGUUGUGAAUUUUUAAUUCUAGGGUACCUUUACAUUUCUGCAUAUUGUGUUAAAGUGCUUCAAUAAAAUAAAUUAAGUGAGAAAAAAUUGUAUUGUUACUUUUUUAUUCUGUAAACUUAUUAAAUUAUACUGUUAAAAUAAUUCAAUAUUAAAUCGGUGUAAAGCAAUAACUUGCCCGGGGACUUAAAAUUUUUGACUAGUAUAUGUAAUUAAUGCAUAUCACCUAUUGCAUAUUCAAAGUUUAUAUCAAUUUAUCAACAACCUUCAAUGAUAAACGUGAUGACUUCAGCUUUUCAACCGUCAGCUUCCGUACUUAUGCAUCGAUAUACCUUCAUCACCUACAUACAGAGUUUGUAUAGCUUAGUUUAUUCGAUAAGCAAGCAAGAGAAUUCUCUACCUAUACACAAUUUUUAAACAGAGGUAAAUUAUUUUAAUAUAUAUCAGGUGGACUUUAGAAUAUUGCAUUAUUACUCAUAGGCUUGCCUAGUGUUGUAUAGUGUUUUAAA